AGGUGCAGGAUGUACAGCUUCAUGGGCGGAGGGCUGUUCUGUGCAGGCGUGGGGAACAUCCUCCUGAUUGUUUCCACGGCAACCGAUUAUUGGAUUCAGUACCGGCACUCCAAUAACUACAUGCAUCAGGGCCUGUGGCGGUACUGCAUGCCGGGGAAAUGCUUCACACACAACGAAAGUAUUGCCCACAUGGAUGCCACCCGAGCACUCAUGAUCCUCUCCCUCUUGGCGUGUUUCAUGGGCAUCAUCAUCGGCAUCAUGGCCUUCAUCCACUACUCGUCCUUCGACAGGUUUGACAAAACCUUUGCUGCAGGCAUAUUGUUCUUCAUCUCAUGCUUUUUCGUGUUGCUAGCAAUGGCAGUAUACACUGGUGUGACGAUUAAUUACUAUGGUAAACGCUAUGGCAACUGGAGGUUCUCCUGGUCCUACAUCAUCGGCUGGGUGUCAGUGGUGCUAACCUUCUUCUCAGGUAUAUUCUAUAUGUGUGCCUAUCGGAUGCACGAAUGCCCCAGAAACUCAAACUCUCACUAGAAGACUUCAGAAAUGAUCAUCAAUAUCUUAUGAUUUUGAGAGCCACUGACUUGUGGCUGUUCCCCGUAUUUGAGAGUCAAGAUGGAUCAACCCACUAUUUACUUUUGGAACAUGGAUUAUAGAAUUUAAAUUAUAUGAAUAAAGGACGUUGGGGGUAAA